AUGCCUGCCUCGUCACAGUAUCGUCGGCCCCUAGGUCGGGACAGUGCCCAUCGACAAUCCCUCCUGCGCAACCUCGUCACGUCACUAAUAAAACACGAACAAAUAUCCACCACAUACGCCAAAGCGAAAGAAGCCCAACGUGUAGCUGAAAAGCUUAUCACCCUCGGAAAAAAGAACACAAAUGCCAGCCGCCUAAGCGCGAGAGGAUUCUUCCACGAGCCAGACCUAUACCUCCCUAAAGUCUUCGGCGAGCUUGCAAAGCGCUACGAGAGUAGACCAGGCGGUUAUACGCGAGUAUUGCCAUUCGAUGGACCGAAGGACGUGAGGUUCAAGAUGACGGCGAAAGCACUAUCAAGGCAACAGGAUGAGAUGUUGCCAAUGAAUGAGAUUACGGCCACGAAUAUACGCAAAGUGACGAGGUUCAGAGCGAAUGGAGCAACGGAGCUGUUGAAGGAGGUUGGUCGGAUACAAAAAGAGAAGGCUAGUCAAGAGACCAAGGAGAAGAAGAUGUUCGAGAAGGAUGGGACGAGGUUCAAGUGGACAUCAGAUCUGCCUAGGAACGAUCCUAGAUGGAUAGAGAAGAGAGGACCAGGAAGGUUGGUGAGGAGAAAGAUUGGGCCAGAUGACGAGGAAGACGUGGAUGCUAAGGAGUAA